CGUCAGUAUUUUUCUGUCGCUUCGCUCGUUCGGUUGUGUUAUUUUAUUUUGUGAAUAUUUUGUGAGAUCAUUGUUAUUUGUGUUUAUUAUCUAAUGUAAUUAAGUGUCAGACUUAAAAAUACAAAAUGCCGGUGUUUCACACGAAGAUAAUCGAGAGUAUUUUGGAGCCAGUUGCUCAACAGGUAUCCCGUCUGGUGAUCCUCCAUGAAGAAGCAGAAGAUGGCAACGCGAUGCCAGACCUGGCGAGGCCGGUGCAAGCCGUGUCUCUCGCCGUCAACAACCUUGUCAAAGUUGGACAUGAGACCAUCGAGUCUUCAGAAGACGCGGUCCUCAGACACGACAUGCCGGGCGCCCUGCAUCGCGUGGAGACUGCCGCCACACUGCUGCAGCAGGCUUCUGACAUGCUGCGAGCUGAUCCUUAUUCAGGACCUGCUAGAAAGAAGCUGAUUGAAGGCUCCCGUGGUAUCUUGCAAGGAACCUCGGCUUUGUUGCUGUGCUUCGAUGAAUCUGAAGUCCGAAAGAUAGUCAAGGAGUGCAAGAAGGUGCUAGACUAUCUAGGCGUGGCGGAGGUGAUAGAUACCAUGGAAGAUUUGGUGCAGUUCCUCAGAGACAUAUCGCCUGCUCUCUCCAGGGCAGCUAGGGAGGUGGCAGCCCGCGCCGCGGAGCUGACCCACCCGCCGCACGCGGAAACACUCAACCGUUGCCUCGACAGCGUCAAGCAGCUCGCGCCCGUACUCAUCUGUUCCAUGAAGAUCUACAUACACAUACUUACUGAAGGAGGCAAGGGAAUGGAAGAAGCAGCUGAAAAUAGGAACUAUUUGGCUCAGAGGAUGGCUGACGAAAUACAUGAGAUUAUACGUGUCCUCCAACUGACAUCGUACGUGGAGGACGGCGGAGAGAAGGACAACGUCACAGUACUGAAGGCCCUGCAGCAACAGAUACACGCCAAGAUGGCCGCCGCGCACGAGUUUCUUAAUGACCCGGCCGCGCCCCGCACGGGCCCGGGCGAGCGCGCGCUGCGCGGCCUGCUGACGUCGGCGCAGCGCGCUGCCGAGCAUCUCGCGCCGCAACCUGCUGAACUUACGAGGAGACUCGUCCGAUCGGGAGGUAUAAACGCAGACCAGCUAUGCGACGAGCGUCAAUACGGACAUGGUAGAGAAGCCAAGGCACUAAACCUGGCUUCAGACCUUCGCCACCAGAUCAACGAGCUGGACGCCAUCGUCAACGAGGGAGUCAGGGCAGCUGAGAAACAAGGAGGGAAGACCAUGCAGGCUAGACUGGAGACAGCCCACAAAUGGUUGCUCCACCCUGCCGCGGACCCAGUGACCAGGGUGGAGGGACAGAAGGCCAUCAAUAGCAUCGUGUCGCAGGGACAGAGGAUCGCGGACGGUCUGCAAGGCAGAGAGAAGGCGGAAGUCCUCCAGCUGUGCUCGGAGGUCCAGCGACUGUCGGACAAGUUGGGGGACCUCUGUGCCUCGGGCAGGGGGGACAGCGACGAGGCCAGGGCUAUCACUAAAGAGCUGACCGACAAGCUCCACGAGUUGAAGCGCGCGACGGAGCGCGCCGUCGUCAACCGCGUCGUGGAGGACUUCAUUGACGUCGCCGCGCCCCUGCGGCACUUCACGGACGCCGUCAAUACUCCGCCUGGUACCCCAGGCCGUGAGACCAAUUUCCACGACAAGGCGGCGGCGCUGGGCGCGUUCAGCGCGCGCGCGGCCGCCGCGGCCGGCGUCGUGGCCGCCGGCGUCGGACACAACAAGAGGCUCGCCGACCAACUCAUACAUAACGCGCAACAGGUUGAAAAACUAUCACCUCAACUCAUUGCUGCAGGCAAGAUCAGACUCUACAACCCUGAGAGUAAGGUGGCAGAGGAACAUUUCAACAACUUGAAGAACCAGUACGCGGACGCCGUGCUCCGUGUCAGAGACCUCUGUGACCAGGCGGUGGACCCACUGGACUUCGUCAGGACUGCUGGUGAACUGAUGCAGAAGCACACGUACUUGUGCGAGGACGCGAUACGUAACAACGACUCGCAGAAGAUGGUCGACAACACUUCAGCUAUCGCCAGGCUAGCAAACCGAGUCCUCCUAGUAGGGGGAGCGGAGCGCGACAACACGGAGGACGCGCAGUUCGCGCGCGCGCUGGGCGCCGCGCAGCAACGGCUGCAGGCCGCCAUCCCCCCCGCCGUGCACGCCGCCAAGGCCGUCGCGCUCGGGGACCGCGCCCAGGCCCCGGCCUGGCGGGCCGCCAACUCAGAGAUAAUAAACGCGGCCGGCGAGGUGGAGUCGGCCCUGUCGGGCCACUACGCGCCGGCGCCGCCGCCGCCCGCGCUGCCGGAGGCGCUGUCCCGCCUGACGGUGGGCGCCGCGGCCGCCCUCGGCGACUAACCGCCGGCGCCGCCCCCGCCGCGCCCGCCGCCCCCCGCAGACACCGACGACGAGGGGGAGGACAUCUUCAGGAGGCAACCUCAUCCUAGCCAACCUAUCUUGGUGGCGGCCCACAACCUGCACAAGGCGGUCCGCGAGUGGUCGUCCAAGGACAACGAGAUCAUCGCGGCCGCCAAGCGGAUGGCCAUCCUCAUGGCGCGCCUCUCCGAGCUCGUGCGCUCCGACUCCAAGGGUAGCAAACGUGAGCUGAUAGCUACGGCGAAGGCGAUUGCUGAAGCUUCCGAGGAAGUCACCAGGCUUGCCAAGAAACUGGCUCUCGAGUGCACUGACAAGAGGAUCCGUACUAAUCUGCUCCAAGUAUGCGAGCGUAUACCGACGAUUGGCACGCAACUCAAGAUUCUAUCCACCGUCAAGGCGACCAUGCUUGGCGCUCAAGGUAGCGAGGAGGACCAGGAAGCGACGGAGAUGUUGGUCGGCAAUGCUCAGAACUUAAUGCAGAGCGUGAAGGAAACAGUGAAGGCAGCAGAGGGCGCCUCCAUCAAGAUCCGCACCGAGCAGGGCGGGUACAGGCUGCGCUGGGUACGGCGCUCGCCCUGGUACCAGAUCUAAACACCUGGACCUGCAACCCUGUCUGUACUAACCUCUGUAAAAUGUGGAGUCAAGGUCUUGAAUUACAUGGUACUUGAUAAACAUCUGCUAUGUGGGUACUUCGAAAAAGAAUUCCGAUGUUUACUGGCGCCCAACGUGGGACAAGAAUGCAAUGUACUUGUGUCGAAAAAAAUAUAAUCAAAGAAUAAUAAUAUUAUGAAUAAACAGAAUUAGCGUCGAUUGUAAUGUUCCCAACUUCGAUAGAAACGGAAUUCUUGAUUCAUUUAGGUCACUACACUUAUAGUGAUGAAAAUUUUAGACCUUUGAACAAUUGAGAGAAGGCGGUAUCAUAAAAAAAUCAUGUUAAUUAUUUAUUAUUCUUAAACUAUUAAUAGAAGUCAACACAACGUAUCUUUUGCCUUUCUCAUCUUCCAUUUAUUAAAUACUACCUUAAGAUGCGCACACGCAUACUGAUCGUUACAUAUUAAAACUAAGUACAUGAGAGAUUUAUCUUUAUAGUUUUAUUAAAAUGAAGUAUAAUUUCAUGUUUUAAUAAUUAUUAAUCUUUUAAGAUAAUAAACUCGUUAGUUUAGUGAUUGCUUGACUACUGACUAUGAGGUCGUUGGUUCGAUUCCAAAUUCAUGUGGAGAAUUCAUUUAAAAUCGUGUCCGGUAUACGGCAAUAGGCAUGCCCGUUAUUAAAAAAGUGACUAAGUAGCGAAAAAAUAUAUUAACUUUGCCUUCCCUCUUUCGGGCACUAAGCGUGAUGUCAAGUAGUUAAGUUAAAUAUUUAUACAAAUGUAAUGUGUGUAAUUUAUAAGCGGUUGUUAUAUUUCAUUUUCAUUGAAAUCCACGUCUUACGGUGAUUAUAAUAAGAACUAUGUUACUCAGGCAGCUUCAUAACUUUUGUUUCAAUGAUACACCUCAAAAUAAUAAUUAAGAAAAAGUAUAAGGACAAUUGGGUAGUUUCCAGGGUAAGGAAAUUAAAAAUCUAAUUAG